CAAUUUAUUACUUCUGUUUCUAAUCACCAUUGAUCCAUUGCAUCAGAGCAUUGGUUUGGUACCUAGUUGAACAUCAGACCACUGCCAAUAAUUUUAACAUCUGAAAUGGUUUAGAAUUUACUGUUGAAAUUUGAACUAACUGAAUCACCAUAGACCGGUACUGCACAGAGCACCAAAGAUGGUAACAUCAAAACAUGACACUUUAGUAAUGUUUAUUUGUAUGCUUGUUUUAGAAUGCUGAUAAUCAUAGCUAUGUCUUCAAUCUUCAUUACAGGUGAGGGAAGAGCAUUGGCUCAUGAGGCAACGAAUCAAGCUGGAAAAUUCUGUUCCAAAUUGGGAUAUGAAAUGUCUGCUGAUGUUUUGGCACAAUGGAUUGCAGAUAGAACCAAGAUCUGGACUCAGUAUGGUGCCAAGAGACCUUCUGGAGUUGUUGCUAUGAUUUUGGGCAUUGAUGAAGAGAAAGAAACUCCACAGCUUUCUACAUGUGAUCCUGCUGGGUAUUUCUUGAGUCACAAGGCAGCAAGUGCUGGUCAAAGGGAUAGGGAGGCUGUCAACUUUCUUGAGAAGAAAACGAAGAACAAUCCUUCACUAUCAUUUCAGGAAACCGUUCAGAUGGCAAUAUCAGCAUUGCAGUUCGCACUGAAGGUGGACCUCAAAGCCAAUGUCCAGGCGCUUGAUGUCCCCGGCAUGUACCGCCACCAGGUGUGCACCUCCUUCAUCUCAAUUGAGCCGCCUUUCGGUUUUCGUUGCCCCCACGCAUAGCGUGGCCUCGUGCACG